AUGUUGGAAAUUUUGUUAUGUUGUAAGAGAUCACGUAAACCCGAACCAAUCUCAGUUAUAAUAUGUAGAAAGUUUGUUGUUAUAUUAUUUGUAUCAAUAACAUUAGCUGUUCUUGUCAUAUUAUCAAAUGGAGUACAUAAUGAUACACCAACUAUUACAAGAAAGUAUUCUUCAAUGGAACAUUUCCCUGUACCAGUUGUUUACAUGACAUCUGGAUAUCAAUUUAAUAUAGAAUGUUACUACUACUUCACCACCAAUAAAGGCGAAGAUGGUACUCUAAAUAAUGAAUAUGUAAAACAACCUACUUAUGAUAAUAGCAGCCGUGAAUGGAAUGGAAGUUUUUUUCCAGAUAAUUUAUCAUUUAUCAUUGGUGAUGUUAACAAGACUCAAAAUCAAAGAAAUAUAGCUUCAUUCCGUUUGCGUUUUAAGAUUACGAGUCCAAAGUAUAUUUCUACUAGUGAUGGUUCUACCAGUUUUGGUCUUUAUAUGCAUGAUCAAGAAUAUAAUCCAUUUAAUGAUCCACUUGCUAAUCGAUAUGCUUUGCGGCUAUCAAGAAAACAAAGGACUAUAUUAAGAGAUUCACCUCUAAAUAAUUUGGGGCUUCUACAAAGGUACCCUAGCCAAUCUUAUGUUGUGAUAAAUGAACGUGUUUAUGAUACGACAAAAAACUCAAGUCUAGCAAGUUUCCAAAUAUUUCCUCUGAGUUUUUUGCUUGAAACUGAAAUUGAUCAAAGAAAUAAAAAUGCUCUGACUGUUGUUUCAAAUGUACUUGCUAUAUGGGGAGGAUUGACAGCAUUUUACAUAUUUUUAUUUGGUGAUAAUGCAAUUAAACCAUGGGGAUUUGUACAAGAAAGGGUUCUUAAAAAUGUAAUGCAUAAUAAAUUGAGGACCGCGCCAUUUAAAAAGAAAGGAACUCCCGAGGAAAGGAUUGAAGCAUUGGAAACAUUUCUUAAAGACUAUGUUAUCGAUGUUGGUUUGAUAGAUCAAUUAAAUAAAUCGCCAUACAAAAGUCAUGAAGAUGAAGAAAAAUAA